UCGCUCGUCGCGCUCGCCCUCUCGGCCGCCCCGACGGUCCUCGCCAACCCGUACAUCUACAAGCCCGUCGACGCGAGCCACUACCGUGCCGGCGACAGCUUCACCGUCUCCUGGCGCGACAACGGCGAGGCGCCGCUGUCGAGCGCGUACGGCCAGACGACCGUCUCGCUCUACACGGGCUCGUCGACCGUCCAGACGCAGCUCGCGUCGCUCGGCACCGUUGCCGACCCUGGCACCGAGACCGAGGUGCUCAUCACGAUUGACCCGACUUGGGGCCCCGACUCGGACGACUACUUUAUUCGCAUCGAGUCAGUCGCGGGCGUCGAUGCGGCCGGCGCGCCCCUCCAGGCGUUCUCGGCUCGUUUCGCCCUGAGCCAGAUGACCGGUACCUGGUCCGGCGCCGCGUCCGCCGCCCUCGCCGGCUCGCCCGUCGCGGCCGCCGCCGCCUCGGCCACCUUGUCGCCCGACGCCGCGGCCGCGACUGCCAUGGCGACGAGCGUGCGCGUCUCGGCCGCCGCGAGCGCAGAGACGGCGUCGAGCGUGCCGUCUGCGUUACUCGAGAGCAGGGUCGCGAGCGGCGCUGGGUCGGCGUCGUCGUCGUUGGCGGCGAGCGCG